AUGCUUCUUCUCUUCAACAAUGUACUUCCUCUCUUGAUCAAGAUGCUUCCUCUCUUCAUCAAGAUGCUUCCUCUCUUCUUCAAAGUACUUCCUCUCUUGAUCAAGGUGCUUCCUCUCUUCUUCAAAGUACUUCCUCUCUUGAUCAAGGUGCUUCCUGUCUUCAUCAAGAUGCUUCUUCUCUUCAACAAUGUACUUCCUCUCUUCAACAAUGUACUUCCUCUCUUCAGAUUAUAUAUCAUUUAUUAA